GUUGAAGGCAGUAUAGUACUAUAGUAAAAUAGCAGACUCACUGAACCGGAAUUGAUGGCUUGAAACCAUUUAGCGCGGGGUCUUUCAAAGUUCGGGGCCCGUAGCUACAUAUGUAGCUCCUUUUGCUACUAAAAUAAUCCGGCACUGCGUAGAAUCGCUGUUUCAGUGGACGGCGCGCACCGCUACGGAGCCCGGCGGUGGCAUGACGGGGCGGCAAAACCCACCACCAAACUAGGCACCAGCAGCAGCAUCUCCAGAGCGGUAGUCGAUAAAAAGUGACGAAGUGGCUUCAGCUAUUUUUGCAUCCAAUGUUGCCUCUCUCCCCCCCCCGCUGCCUCGUGCUCCCCUCUUUGUUUCCUCCCCCCCACCUCCUCUCCCCCACCGGCUUCACCUAGAGGUUGCUCACUCUGCUUGACAGCCGGCCGGUGAGAGAGAGAGAGAGGGGGAAGCAGGAGGUUGUGGGAUGAGCGCCGCUGAGUCUCGAAGCAAUGGCGAGAGCUCCGCGUUGAUUGCGCUGCGAAGGCUUGACUACAUGCCCCGGAGCAGCAUUGGGCCCAACACUUCGCAUGGAACAAAGGCGCCUGGCACGUCGCGAGACGCGGGAGAUGGCGCAGCGGGUGAUCCCGACGAACCCCGCCGGCUCCAUAGAUGUGCGGGCGGGAGGGUCGCAGGUCAUCAUCGCCAUCCUAAAGUCUGGAGACUGGGCUGGCCUUCAGUUGGUUGUGGCCCAUCCUUACCUUCUGGAGCUUGGAACCACCCUGGGGCAAGCUCAGAGGCUCCUGGAGGAUCACAGUGCCAUGCAAGUUAAGCUGAAGGAACGCGAGGGAGAAGUAUGGCACCACCUGGAAGACGUCAACGUAGAGGCCGGGUCGGAGGGAGGGACAACGGAGACCUCCGACGCCCUGGGCCAAUCUCUCAGGCUCGCCUGGGAGCAGCUGAGCACGCUGAUGCAUAGCAGGCAGGCCCUCCUCCGCCAAGCUGUGGACUUCUUUCAAACGGCUGCCGAGUUUUCAGAUAAUAUAGAACAAGCCAAACAGCUGUUGGAAAAAUGUCAACGAUCAGAGGACGUCGGUGAACUCAAGGAUUAUUUGGCGCAACAUGAGCAGAUUCAGAAAGUCCUAGCGGCGGCGUCUGCACGUGUGACAUCCCAGUGUGCGGCCCUUGUGGAAGAGCUGCAGGCGUUCGGGCAUCGCUGCCCAAGCAUUGCCAGCGAGAGCUGCUACCGGCGAGGCCUGCGCAGAGGCCGCAUGAGGCUGGAGACACUCAUGGAGAUGCUGCAGGAGCGAUGCCAUCACCUGGAGCCGCAGCUGGAGCAACAACGGGCAGAGCUUUCUGUCGCUGUUCCGAUCUACUGCUGGGACCAGGAAAUGGAUAAGAUGACCCAGUGGUUUAGAGAUCACGGAGAGUGCUAUUUGCAAUUGGAAGAUGUUGGUUCCUGCCUGCAAGAAAACGAAAAACUCCUCGAACUCUACGAGGAUUUCAACAAUAAAGCGAAGGAGGUGGCAGAGGAGGUGCAGAGGCUGCUGCAUCAGGCGGAGGAGAUGAUGGCACGAGAGGGCUUCUCGGAGGAGCAGGCGGUGUCACAGCGUGCCCAGGGCAUCCGUUCCCUCUGCCAGGAGUUCUGGAGACUGAUGGCACAACGGAGGACUGCCCUACACCAAGCACAUGCCUUCUUUUGUGCUGUCAAUGAGGCUUCAGAUGCGCUGGCCAGACUGGAAACGCAGGUUGAGUUGAUCAAGUCAAGUUCAAAAGGACUGGCAGCUCAGGCUAAGGAACAGCAGGACAUCUCAAAUGCCAUUAGGGAUGUCAUCGCCGAAGCUACAGACAAGGGCAAGCAUUUUCUGGCAGCAGCAGCAGAUGGAAUGAGUGGCGGGAUGGAAGGAGCGCACAGGGCGCUGGGCGACGCGAAGCGGCGAGCGCAGAGGCUGGAGGCCACGUGCACGGCGCCCGUGGAGCUGCGCCUGCAGCGGCAGCGUCUGCUGUGUCUCCUUCAAGAGCUCCUCGAAAAGGUCACCGGCAGCCUUCAAACUAAAUAUGAACCUGUUUUGAAAAGUAAAUGUGAUGUGCUCUCCUCUGAAUAUGAAAACAUCCUGGACCAACACGUGCACCUGAUGGACCUAUCAAAGGAUAUUGCCGGUGGCUUCGAUCAGAUCACGGACCUCAUCACGCAGCUGCGACAGCUGGAGGCGCCUGAUAUGGAGGCGCUUGAAGAGAAAGUUGCCCGAUUGCGUGAGCGUUGGACCCGCAUGUACUGGGACCUACAGGAGCGUACAGAAACCAUACAGGCGUAUGUGGCCUUUCUAAACUCAGCCAAAGAGAUUGGCGAACGCUUGAAGUCAAUGGAGGAUUUCUGCAAGGCCGAGUUGACGAACGUCGGGCACGAGGAGCGGGCGAUGUUGGUGGAGCAAGGCAAUUCCAAGUGGAGGACGAUCCUGAAUGCGAUGGCGUCCUCACGCGACCUUUACUCUGGCUUCAUCACAGCUGUUGCGCUGGUUGCGCCAAGUACACAGAUGCCUUUGAAGAACAUGGUGACCGUGGUCGAGUCCGCAACGGAGGAGCUAAUGAAGAAAAAGUUACGGCUAAUUGAGCUGUGGAUGUCUUUCCACGUCACACUAGGUUGGGCCAGGUCUGUACACCAGAAUUAUUUAAAGGAACUUCAAGAGAUGAUACAGAAGACAAUAUCUAAAUUGAAGAAAGUGGAAGACCUUUUCGUUCCGCUAUCGAGCGUAGACCUCGAGCAAGAUCGCCAAGCUGUGGUCCAUCUCCUCCUUGCUCUCCGACAGGCCAGGCCAGGUUUUCAGGGGAUAAGUGCGGACGUGGAAUAUCUGGAGAUGGCCUGGAACCUGCUGGCAGCUUGCGGUGUGCAUUGUGAAGAAGCAGAAGCGGGCAUCUCGGAUCUGAUGGCAUUGCACUGCCGGGUCAGACAUCAAAUCAAUGAAAGUCAGCGUGUUCUGGAGAUGGCUGCCAAGUUGCAUCAAGUCACUGAUGAACUGCACAGACUCGACUGGUCCAAGGAGUUGGACCAAAGUUGGAGUUCCGCCUGUCCGUCUCACCACAUCACGCAUGCACAGACGCUCCUGACGCACUGGCAGGAGAAGCGAACGCGUGUCAUGAACCUCUGCGGCCUUGCCCUCUCGCUCAUCGCAGACAUUGUCACCACUUCGUGGACGGUAACAUGCGUCGCUCGCCAAGAGAAGCUUUCGUCAGCUGCUGAUGUUUUGGCCGAACGUUGCACAGAGUGGAGCAGGAAAGGUCUCGCGGUGGAACGUACAUUUCAAAUGAACCUCAACCUCUGCGCCACCCGUGAAGAACUGAAGGAGUUUACAGAAUCCUACCGAGAUUUGAAGAGGAAAUUCAACAACUUGAGGUUUAACUACAUGAAAAAGCCUGAGAAAUCCCGCAAAGCUAAAGCGGCAAUAAAUCAGGUUCAACAAGUGGAGAUGUACAUGGAGAAGCUGCCGGCAUUUAAAUUGCGAUGGCAGCGUUUCCAAGAAAAACUGACAGAUACGCUGAAUAAUUGGAGCGAGGCCUGUACUAUAAAGCCUCAGGGGAUUCAAGCGAAUGAGCGCGAUCUCGCUGGCAAUGUAAAUGAAGUUGAAGGGCAACGGGGAAACCUGGGAGCACCUGGAGAACUGGUGGGACAGGAGUGCUUGGCACCAGGUGGAGAAGUGGGGGAGUGGAAUCACAAGAGCGCUGAGAUACUGCUGAACAGGGCGGAGGAGUUGAAAGCAGACACAGUGGAGCUGAACAAGGAUGUAUCCGAGCUGGAAAGGGUUGUGGAGGAAUACAGAUGUAAUUUGGAGUUAACCAUCCAACUUCAGGACGCCAUGAAGGAUAGUAUCUUCUGGUGCGAGGAAACCGUGUCCACCAUCGCGCGCGUGAGAACGUUUUCAUCCGAGUGCAAGACUCGCGAGGGCAUGGUAAUGCUAGGCCGCCAAUUCGACUUGUUCUUGUGGCCUACGGUUCCUGAGCAGGAGGAGAGGAUGCACUUGAUUGAAGACCUUGCUCUCCGUGUCUACGGCCCUGAGGAAAGUAAAAAGUACAUCGAAAAAACCAGGACCCAACACGAUGAAAUAAUGACGUCGAUCAGAAAAACGAGCAAUGAAAUAAGAGGACUUGAAGAAAAACUUCUAACGAAGGGGAAAGAAAUAAAGGAACAUACGAAGAAUCCUGCUUCGGAAGCAAAUCCAAGCACUGUGGGACAUGUACUCAGGGAGACAGUAGCCGAUAUAAAAGAAAACAAUUCUAAAAAACGUUCCUCUGAAGAUGAAACAGCAAGACAAACUGAUUUAUUUUCAGGCUUGAAAGAUCCUUUGGAAAUUGCAGCAAAUAGAAUGUCUGGCCAAGAUGAGAAGCAGAGCGUUAAACUGUCUUCUGAGAAUGCAUCCACUUCAUCACUAUUGUGUAGUAAUUCACAAUAUGAUGGUGAAGACUCUCCCAAGGAGGGAGAGCAGAAGGAGCAUCACCUGAGAAAUGGAAAAUCGUGCACAUCAGCUGUUUACCCAGAGAGUGGACGCUCCAAAUUGUUGGACGGUCAAGCGUGUUCGUCUUCGAAAGCAGCGCCUGCCUUGCUUGAAUAUGGCAGCCCAGAGACUCACACGUCUCGCAGUGAAAAAGCGAUCGAGGAUGAGCAUUGCACACAAGAGUGGCAGAAAACUGACAACGGCAUGGCGGGAUGGCGUGCACAAAUGCACGACGGCAGUGGCAUCGAACGGCCCGUGUCGUCAUCGCGCAUCGUUGACCAUUGCGUGUGCGAAUAUGAGCCAGUUUUCAGCAGAGAUUUCGAGCGUGCGUCUCACAUCUGUGGUUAUGCCCGUUCUCGCUCUGUUGCGAACCACGCUCAAGCUGAGGCUCCUGCACGUGCCGCUGGCCCGUUUGCAAUGGGCAACAGCCAAGGCGCGUUAAAUCUGGACGUCCGAGCAGAGCCCAGCUCAAUUGACUUUGGGAAAGAUUCACGCGCGACAAAUUUUAAGUGCCCUUACUUUUCUUUCGUUAAACUGGUUACAUUCAACAAAAUCCCCGUCGGGCCCUGUGGACCGGUGCCGCCCGCAGUGCCUGAAACUUCGCCACGUCCGGCACUUGGCUCCGCCCUAGGACACGACGGCAGCUCUGAGCGGGGCCUUGUCAGAGAGGAGACGCAGCUGGCGCUGACACCUCACUCCUGGUGCCAGCUGGCUGGUCAGCCGUCGCGUUUCACUCAGCCGCUCGCCAGCGCCGAGGUUAUUGAGGGAUCGCCGGUAACCGUGGAGGUGACUGUUGGAGGCAACCCUGAGCCCACCGUGGUUUGGCUCCGGAAUGGACAAUUGUUAAAUUCCAAUGAAAACACAGAGCUCGGGUGUUGUGAAGAUCGACACUGCCUGCUAAUAGCGAAUGCCACGGUCAGCGACGCCGGGGUUUACAUCGCGAGGGCCGAGAAUGUGGCUGGUGCAGAGGCGACUGCGGUUGUCCUUCAGGUCAACUCAGGUAACGAGUGGAGUGACCUUUGGCGCAUUGCGGCGCUCUGCGUCACAUGAUCAAAGUUGAUAUACCUUAUAUUCUUGGUUCUUUCGGUAAAGUCACGUUGAAGGGAAACAAUAAAAUAUAUAUACGUGACUUUACCGAAAGAACCAAGAAUAUGAAUCACUGCAGUCACGAAAGCUUUAAAUCAAAAUUUGAUAUACCGUAUCUAGUUAUGUUGGGUCACCAAUGUUGGGUCACCAAGCAAUGGAUUUAAGUCGACCAGGAUGAAUCGUCAAGCCUAAUUUUGGACCGAACAAAACAAGUCCAUGAAUUAAACUGGUGCCGCGUUUGUAUUGAAAUUCAAUUAUAAAAACGCAUUUAAAAAAAAAUCUUUAUUGAUCUUUGGUAAAGGAUAUUAAAGGAUAUCAACAGUAAAUUGGAAGAAAUCUCAUGUCCAUGCAAAGACCUAAGGUGGCUCAUGUUUUUGAAUAUGGUAAGGAAAUGCAUUUGAUUUCAUGCAUUGAAACCAUAUUGUUCGAGUACCGUAUAGUAUUUUCUAAUAUUGGUCACCAGUAGAGGUGGGAUUAUUAGUUGAUGGUUUUAAUUAAUCGACAAAAACAUUUGAAGCGAAUUAUGUUAGUUGUGGUCGAUUACUCGGACACCUUUAAAACUGGUGGCUGCCCCGACAUCCUGCAUUUGCAUGGUGGGAAACCCCCUGAAAGCCACACCUAGCUUGAUGAGGCCAUACCUGUCAACCCAUAUGGUUUACCCAUAUUCUUGUACAGGAAAAUUGAGUUUUCAGGUCCAUACGGCAUACA